AAGCAGGAUUCCUUGCAGUCUGGAGGAUGCUGCUCUGACAUGCGGACCGUCUCCCGUUAUUACCGGCUCCACCUGACCGACUGACCGACACCCCGCCGCCGCUCUCACUCUCCGGACCUCCGCUCCUGCAUCUGUCGUCUCCUCCGGAACCGGCUCUUGUCGCCAUGCCACCGGCCGCCUGCUCGGUCGGGUACCGACUCCGGACCACCCUGCCCGCGGUGCUGUGGAUAGGGCUGCUGUGGAGCAGCGCAUCCAGUGGAGAUAAAGAAGUCCCCACAUCCUUCCCCUCCACCCAACCUCCGGUGGUGCCGCUGGGGAGCAUAAAGGAAGGCAGCCCCAAAGGCAGAAGCUCCAGCACCACCUCAACUGGGGGUUUACUACAGUCAGUGCUGGCCCAAAAAGGACGACUGGUCUCCCAGAAAGGGGAUAUCAUCCCCUCUGCUCUGCCCCAGAACCUGCUCCCUCUUCUGGGCAGAGGACUCAGCGUCAGCUCCCUCCCUGGAAGUCAAUCCCUGGAGCAUGAAAGCGGGGGAUUACUGAGGAGGGUAAAACCCCCACCAUCAGCUGCAGCAUCAGGCCAAGGCAGCCGUCCAACUCAACCUCCUCCCACAGACACACACUCUGAACUGCCUCACACACAGACACACACCCCUGAGCAGGAGGCUGAGGUCACCACUGUGGGCUCGAUGCUGGACGUGGACACGGAAACAGAAGCCCCUUCAUCAGCUGCGUCCAGCUGCAUGGUGAAUUUCUCCGACCCAGAGGGAUACAUAGACUCCUCUGAUGACCCCCCUCUGCCUGACGGAGCCCUCAUGCACUGCACCUACACUGUGACCGUGUACACUGGAUACGGAGUGGAACUGCAGGUAAAGAGCGUGAACCUGUCUGAAGGUGAGCAGCUGUCUAUCCGGGGCAUCGAUGAACGAGGAGCCCUGAUGGUCCUGGCCAAUCACACACUGCUGGUUGAAGGUCAGGUGAUCCGCAGUCCCACCAACAGUCUGUCGGUCUACUACCGCUCUGCACCGGAGGGAAGCAUGGGUAUCUUCCAACUGCACUACCAGAUCUUCAGGCUGAGCUGCUCACUGCCCAAGAGGCCUCACUUCGGGGAGGUGUCGGUGCUUGACCUGCUGCCUGGAGGCACCGCCCGCUUUCACUGCCACAUGGGUUACCACCUGCAGGGGGAGCCGCUGCUCACCUGCCUCAACGCCUCCCUGCCAGUGUGGAGCGGCAAGGAGCCCAGCUGCAGGGCUCUUUGUGGAGGCACAGUGAAGAAUGCGACAGUAGGGAGGGUGCUGUCACCUUCUCCCCAUCAUGGGCCGAAUGCCACCCUGGACCGAUCCUGCUCCUGGUCCCUGGAGGCACCCAAGGACCAGAGGCUGCACCUCCAUCUGGAGAGACUGGCUCUGGGACCAACUGACAGGUUGGUGCUGUGGAGCGGGCUGGACGCUGGCUCUGUGGUGCUUUUCGACUCGGGUCGAGGUGGACAGAUACCCUUCGAGGGAGUAAUCAGCGAGGGUCCGGCUGUGAGGAUCCAGUUCAUCACUGAUCAGCCCAACCACAACACAGGAUUCAACAUCCGCUACGAAGCUUUCGAACGUGGCCACUGCUACGAGCCGUACCUCCAGAAUGGAAACUUUACGACCUCAGACCCGUUGUAUGGGGUUGGAGCUGUGGUUCAGUUCACCUGUGAUGCGGGUCACUCUCUAGAACAAGGCCCUCCUGUUAUCGAGUGCAUCAGUGCUAGGGAUCCGUAUUGGAACGACACCGAGCCACUAUGCAAAGCUCAGUGUGGAGGAGACCUGACAGGUCCCGGAGGUGUGAUUCUGUCUCCAAACUGGCCGGAGUGGUACGGAGAGGGAGAGGACUGCAGCUGGAGGAUACAUGUUGGCGAGGACAAACGGGUGCUGCUUGAUGUACAACUAUUGAACAUCAGCGACAGCGACAUGUUGACCAUCACUGACGGAGACGAGGUCACAACUCGCAUCCUGGGCCGCUACAUCGGAGGCAGCAAUCCCUUCAAGCUCUCGUCCACCACCCCUGACCUGACCGUCACCUUCCACUCUGACCCAGCGGGGCUUGUCUUUGGCAAGGGCGAGGGCUUCAUCAUCAACUACAUGGAGGUGUCCCGAAAUGACUCCUGUCCAGACCUACCAGAGAUCCAGAACGGCUGGAAGACGACAUCCCAUGUUGCACUGGUGCGCGGAGCUCGGAUCACCUACCAGUGUGACCCUGGGUACGACCUGGUGGGACGAGAGACCCUCACCUGUCAGCUAGAGCUGUCCUGGAGCUCACAGCCACCGUUCUGCGAAAAGAUCAUGUACUGCUCAGAUCCCGGCCAUGUCGAACACGCCACCAGGUCUCUGUCUGACCCCAAACUCCUGGUGGGUACCACCAUCCAGUACAGCUGCAACCCUGGUUUCAUCCUGCAGGGCGGCGCCACCAUCACCUGCUAUGGCCGAGAGCCAGGGACGCCUGUGUGGACGUCUCGACUCCCUCAUUGCGUCUCUGAGGAUUCCGUUUCUUGUGAGAACCCUGGUCUCCCUGACAAUGGCUACCAGAUCCUAUCUAAGAGGCUUUACCUGCCCGGCGAGUCGCUCACCUUUGUGUGUUACCAAGGCUACGAACUCAAAGGAGAGGUGGCAAUUAAAUGCAUCCUUGGAAACCCAUCCUUUUGGAGCGGCCCACUUCCACUGUGCAGGGCCUUCCAUGACUGCUUUGGCAACCAUGCUUUGGAAGUUGCAGAGGCGACUGCAGGCUCCCCUCUGGAUGGAGGGAACAUUGCGCUGGCCAUCUUCAUCCUGGUUCUGCUGCUGUCAGUGCUGCUGGGAGGAGCGUAUGUCUACGUCACACGCUGCAGAUAUCACUCCAACCUGAGGCUGCCUCUCAUCUACCCCCACCCUUACCGACAGAUCACUGUGGAGACAGAGUUUGACAACCCGCUCUAUGAGACAGGAGCACAGGACACUCGUGAAUAUGAAGUAUCGAUAUGAGAAGCCUCUCAAAAGACAUUUGUGAACCGAGACCGACCGCCCCAUCCUAACUCUU